UCCCCGUUUGCCCGUUGCCGUUGCCCUGUAAAAGUAAACUUACUUGAAAAGUUUUUAAGUUAUGUUCAUUUUAAUUUGAUUUUUCGGUGAAUAAGAAUCAAGACUAUUUACAAGAUGAGUGUCACAAGUAAUUCAAUAAUAUCUGAUGCUGAUGCAAAGAAAGCCGAAACGAUCAAAGAAGAAGCAAAUGUGUACUUUAAAAAGGGGGACUUCAAUAAAGCAAUAGAACUCUAUUCUGCUGCAAUUGAAGUUAAUCCAAAUGUGGCUGUAUAUUAUGGUAAUAGAAGUAUUGCUUACCUCAAGACUGAGUGCUAUGGCUAUGCCCUAAAUGAUGCGACCAAAGCCAUAGAAAUUGACAGAAGUUACAUCAAGGGUUACUACAGGAGAGCUGCCGCUCACAUGUGUCUUGGGAAGUUUAAACAAGCUCUAAGAGACUUUGAAGCGGUGGUGAAAGCAAGACCAAAAGACAAUGACGCUCGUCUCAAAUAUCAAGAAUGUAACAAAAUUGUUAAAAAGAUAGCUUUUGAAAAGGCAAUUGCAGUUGACGAUACCAAGAAGUGUAUUGCCGACUCAAUCGAUUUUGAAAACAUGGCUAUUGAGGAUGAGUACAAUGGACCUGCACUUGAAGAUGGUAAAGUUACUGAAAAGUUUAUGACAGACUUAAUGGAAUCCUACAAAAACCAAGGAAAACUUCAUAGGAAAUACGCUUACAAGAUUCUCUUGGAUGUGAAACAGUUAUUCAUGGGUUUGCCUUCCUUAGUUGAUGUCACCAUUGGGGAUGACAACAAAUUCACUGUGUGCGGGGAUAUUCAUGGACAGUUCUACGAUCUCAUGAACAUUUUUGAGUUGAAUGGACUUCCAUCACCAACAAAUCCUUAUCUCUUCAAUGGUGAUUUUGUUGAUAGAGGAUCAUUCUCGGUUGAAUGCAUCUUUGUCCUCUUUGGAUUCAAACUGCUCUACCCGGACUCAUUUUAUAUGGCUAGAGGAAACCAUGAAAGCCAGACUAUGAACCAAAUGUAUGGUUUUGAAGGAGAAGUUAAGGCAAAAUAUACAGCCCAAAUGGCAGAACUCUUCACAGAAGUUUACAACUGGUUACCACUUGCUCACUGUUUGAACAAAAGAGUGCUGGUUAUGCAUGGAGGUUUGUUCUCAAAAGAUGGGAUCACACUAGAUGAUAUUCGAAAAAUUGAUAGAAAUAGACAACCUCCAGAAGAAGGUCUGAUGUGUGAGUUGCUAUGGUCUGAUCCUCAGCCAACGUAUGGUAGAGCUACCAGCAAGCGAGGUGUCGGUGUACAGUUUGGACCAGAUGUUACAAGUGACUUCUUGAACACCAACAAUCUUGACUAUAUUAUACGAAGUCAUGAGGUUAAGAAUGACGGAUAUGAAGUUGCUCAUGAUGGCAAAUGUAUCACAGUUUUUUCUGCACCCAACUAUUGUGACACCAUGGGCAACAAAGGAGCUUUCAUCACUUUAAAAGGCAGUGACAUGAAACCUCAAUACACUACAUAUGAUGCUGUGCCUCAUCCCAACGUCAAACCCAUGGCCUACGCCAAUUCGUUACUUAAUUUACCUUUUUUGAUGUCAUAGGGAAAUGACAUGGUGGACAGUCUUUGUUACCAAUAGUUCAAUUUUGUUCGAGAACAUUAAUGAAUUUCAGAACUUCAAUGGUUUUCAAUCAUCACUGGAAAUUGAAGAAAAUGAAGCUGCCUUCAGCCUUAUUGUUGUGUAAAAACAAUUUUUUUAUUGUUAUUAAACUAUUAUUUAUCAAAUUUCCUACAACGGAUAAA